CAAGCGAGGUGACAAGACAGUUCAGAGUGCUCUGUGUCAGUUUGAUGACUUUUCUCCAGAACAAUGAAUUUCCAGCCUCUUCUGCUCUGCUGCAUCAUAUAUGCAGAGUUGUGUGGGCUCAUCAGUGCACAGGUUAUAUCAGUAACAGGAACUGAAGGACAAGGCAUCACAGUGCGAUGCCACUUUUCUUUCUCUGGAAACAGGAAGUUCUUCUGUAAGGAAAAUUGCAAUCCAGGCAAUGUUCUUAUUGAAACAUCUGAGGAAAAAGCACAAAAAGGCAAAUAUAGCAUUGAAUAUGAAGGUACAGUGCAUUCUCCUGUCCUGUUUGUGACCAUCAAGCCACUGACCAUGUCUGACGCUGGGCGUUACAAGUGUGGUAUGAGCAUGUUCUUUGGGAAUUCAGAACAGGAGGUUAAACUCAUUGUUAAAGCUGCUCCAACUACCAGCUCACCCAGCUCCACACCUUCGACCACUCUGUCUCAAGGCAGCGAAGACUCGGUCUCUGACACACGCUCAGAGCACUUCCUGCCUCUGGUUGUAUGUGUUCCUGUGGUCGUUUUGGUGUUGGCAGCCGUUCUGUUCCUGCGCUGCAAGAAUAAGACACAGAGGAAGGUUGAUGGAGUAACCCUUGAUUACAGAAACACAAAGAUUGAACCUUAUGAAAACUCCGUUUUUCACACACGUGAAGACGCCAUCUACGAGAGCCUCGAUCCAAUCAGGAGUGACCAGGACACAACCUACUCGACACUCUUACACACUCACACGAUUCACAAGGGGAUUCAAGAGUGAUUACAAAUAUCGGUGAAAAACGGAUGUUUUCUAAAGUUUUAUACCCACGUGUAUGAUCACACGUCUUAUAAAAAUAAAUAAAUAAAUAGAAGCUACAUGUAGGUCAUGGGCGUCAACCUGAGUUUGUGUUUGGGACACAUGAGGAAGUGAUAUUCCUAAAUACAACUUGGUCCACAGAAAUGAUCCAACACCCUCGUAAGCGUCAGCGCACCUGUUGGCACAUUAUGAAGUAAUAGUGAGUUUGUGAUUGGUCUCCUGUAACAAACACACUGGUGUGUGUACCGUCUGUGAAAUGCGACUCUUACCUCACACUGAAAUCGUUCCUUCUCUUACUGUGAUUUUUUUACGUUUACUAUGUUUAUCUUUAUUUUACUACUUUGUCCAGAUUCUAAGCUUUCUUUCAUGUUUUGAUAUUUUGAGUAGUAUUACGUUCAUUUUUAUUUGAUUUUAUUAUUUUAGUCUUAAGUCACCUUGACAAGGCUUCACAUGCUGUCAUUCAUUACCCUGUAUAAUAAAAACUGUUGAUUUAAAAUCAAAUUUCAUUGACAGAAACAAACUGAUUCUGAACUCGUCAGACAAAACAAAUCAGCAAGUGACUCAUAUACAAGCAGGAAGGAGCGCACUGUCCUCAAAGACUAACACGCUCUUGUCUACGACGGUGUAAACGUGUAAGAUGAAAAAUGAUUGAAAAAUAUCAAAUAUCAAUGCUAAAAUGUAAAAAAGCUUUAAAAUGAAAUUGCAUUUAACUGAAUAUUAAGCUCAAUGCUUUUUCUAGAGUAUUUAAUGUGGUAUUAGUGUCUCUUGGGGCGUCACAGAGGGGAACUCUAACACCCACCUCAGCUCAAACAUGUGAAAAGUGCUUCCACAUCCACCCAGCAGGUGUCACUGUUGACCAAUAAUUUCCUCCUGACUUGUUCAGCAUUUGGUGUGCGUCUAUUAUACACGCUCUAAAACUACAUCCUUUACUUUGUUAUGAAUUUUACAGCAUUUAUAAUAUUUACAGCUUCUACAAAAUGUGGAUUUCAGGUUUUAUUGUGAUGGAUGUGACGUGUGACGUCCACACUGUGAAAGUGUUCGCUUGGUUCGACAGAAUAUGAUUUUCUUCACUCCCUGCACACAUUCAGGUCCUUUGAUAGAAGCACAAAGCUGACUGUGAUCCUUUAUUAUCAUAUUUGGAAAACGGACCAGAACAACUGGGUACAGAGACCCAAAGGGUCAUUAACAAUUUAACAAAAACAACCGCAGAGA